UUGAUCUCCAAUUGGACACAAAAGGCGUCCGACUACGCCGUUGAUGAGCGUGCCGGUGACGAUGCCGACGAUCACUGUCGAGUGUUUGAGGGCUCCUUUCUGCUCUCAGCGACAGCUCUGUUCAACUUCAGUUUCAGUGGCUAUGGAGUCCGCUGUAGUUGCCCAGAGACGGUUGACGUGCUGGAUAGGCAUUGUCGAAAGUUGGCGCCGUGCCAAAACAAUGGGUAUCGGUCGCAAUCGUUAGGCAUGAUCUGCGCAUGCAGUGAGCCAUAUUUUGGCGAGUUAUGCGACAAAAUCUGUGAUCAGGGUCAGAUUCUGAAAGGUCCAGUCGCGCUUCACCGCAUCGCGACGCGACGAAAUGGCCGAGCGGCCCGCCAUAUACCGGUAUUUAACACCGAGAGAGGGAGAAAAUCCGUUGUUGCACACCAGAUUGGACUCGCGGAAUGCGACAAUGACAUCCUUCCACCGCUCCCUUCGUAUGAGGAUGCUACAAAGGACGCACCCAUAAGGCUCUCACCAGCCGUUGAGCCAUCAGUACCGAUUCGGGUAACGGUUCAACCCAUGGGACCGUCAUCAAGCAGCACAGAUCCUCAGAUGUGGGAUCCGCUCAGCCGUCCUGAGAUACCGGGUGAAGAUGACGUGGUCCAUGAGACCCCGAUAAUCUCUCGGGUAGUGUCGUCAAGACGGAGUCUAUAG